AUGAACAAUAUCUCUGACUCCUGGGACUGCAAGAUGCGACUAUGGCUGCCGCCUGGUGAAAGUCCAGCCACAAGCGCUGUAAUGUUCUCUGCUGGAGUGUUGGGCAACCUUCUAGCACUGGCACUACUGAUACACCGCUGGUGGGGUGGCUCUCGGCUUGGCCAGCGCUCCCCCAGCUGCUUCUGUAGGACCCCCAUUUCCCUGUUCCACUUGCUAGUGAUCGAGUUGGUGUUCACGGAUCUCCUCGGGACCUGCCUCAUCAGUCCAGUGGUGCUGGCAUCAUACUCACGGAAUCAGACACUGGUAGCACUGGCGUCCGGUGGCCGGAUGUGCACCUACUUUGCCUUCGCCAUGACCUUCUUCAGCCUGGCCACGAUGCUGAUGCUCUUUGCUAUGGCUCUAGAGCGCUGCCUCUCCAUCGGCCAUCCCUACUUCUACGAGCGUUGCAUCACCUGGCGUCUUGGUCUGGUGGUCCUGCCAGGCAUCUAUGUAUUUUCUCUGCUCUUUUGCUCCUUCCCAUUGCUGGACAACAGGCAGUAUGUGCAGUACUGUCCUGGAACUUGGUGUUUCAUCAAGCGGGAGAAGUCCUUGUAUUUGCAGAUAUAUGCCACGCUGUUACUGCUUCUCAUUGUUGCAGUGUUACUCUGUAACGUCAGUGUCAUCCUUAACCUAGCCCGCAUGCACCAACGAAGAAAGAGCGGCGGUAGGGUGCCCUCCCCGGACAGAGGCAAGGGUAAUCCUGGGAGCCUCAAGCAAAGGGAAAGAAUGGCCAUGUCAGAAGAGAUAGACCACCUCAUCCUUCUGGCUAUUAUGACCAUCACGUUUGUGAUCUGCUCGUUACCCUUUACGAUUUAUGCAUACUUGACUGAAUCUUCCUUCGGGGACAAAAAUUGGGAACUACAAGCACUUAGAUUUUUAUCCAUUAACUCAAUAAUUGAUCCUUGGAUCUUUGUUAUUCUUAGGCCUCCUGUUCUGAGACUGAUGCGUUCAAUACUAUACUGUCAGAUUUCAUUGAAAGCACAUGAUACUCCAUCAACAUAG